CUCCUUAGACCUUAAACCCCGCUCAGAAAAGAGGAAAAAUGGAAGCUUCAGUAGUAGCAGUGGACAACCAAAAGCAGCAGCAAGAGAAGCCUCACACUGAUGUUUUGCUUUUCAAUCGUUGGUCAUAUGACGACGUUCAGAUUAGUGAUAUUUCUGUUGAGGAUUACAUAACUGCUACUGCUAACAAGCAUCCUACAUAUACGCCACACACGGCUGGGAGGUACCAAGCCAAGCGGUUUAGAAAGGCUCAGUGCCCAAUUGUGGAGAGGUUGACCAACUCACUGAUGAUGCACGGAAGGAACAACGGGAAGAAGUUGAUGGCUGUUCGUAUUAUUAAGCAUGCUAUGGAAAUUAUCCAUCUGUUGACUGACCUAGACCCAAUCCAAGUGAUUGUUGAUGCUGUUAUCAACAGUGGACCAAGAGAAGAUGCAACUCGUAUAGGUUCUGCUGGUGUUGUGAGGCGACAGGCUGUUGAUAUUUCUCCACUCCGUCGUGUCAACCAGGCAAUAUAUCUCCUCACAACUGGUGCACGUGAGAGUUCUUUCAGGAACAUCAAGACCAUAGCAGAAUGCCUUGCAGAUGAACUCAUUAAUGCUGCCAAGGGAUCUUCCAACAGCUAUGCUAUCAAGAAGAAGGAUGAGAUUGAGAGGGUUGCCAAGGCCAAUCGUUAAGGGUUCUUUUCCUGCAGUGUGGAUAAUUCUUAUUGGUUGGACAGUUUUGCUUUGAAACAUUGUUUGUUCUUUAUUUUUAGUUCUAGAAAGGCAUUUUGGAACUAGUAAUGAGUUUUGUGUUUCGGAAACUUGGAGUUCAUUGGUAUUGAAUAUUAUGGGGAAUUAGUAAAAAGUAAAAUUGAGCUUGCUGGUAUUCCCAGUUGAAA